UGCUGUGGCUCCUGGUGCUCCUGUUGUCUGUGGUGUCACACGGCCAGUGAGCUUGGCCAGUGUGUGUGUCUCCCCCUGCUGGACGUGUUCUACAGUGCCCCAGUCCCACCUGUUGCUCUGUCUAUGAGAAGCUCUAUGAGGGAGAGUUACCACAUAAUAAUAAUAAUAAUAAUCCAGGUAAAUACAACAGGUGUCAUGACAACUACGGCCAGGAAUUUUUCCUGACCACGUAACCUGACCGGGAAAAACUCUAGUCUCUCUCUCUCUUUUCCCUAUAGGGGUCAAUGUGUGAUGACUGCCUAGUGGUCACAUUCUGCAGGCUUUGUGCCUGGUGUCAGAUGGCUCGGGAGCUGAAGACACGUCGGAUUUUCACAAAGUCUAAU